AUGGAAUUUGACUUCGACGCCGAGCCGAAAACUCCACCUCAACUACCACCGGCUCCGCCCAUUCGUACCGUAUCCAACAAUCCAAAAGUCACAUUUAAAGGACCACAAACAUGGAGAGAAUCGAUUGGGAUGUUCAUGAUUUUUGGAUUGGCAAUCGUUGUGGCCAUUUCGAGUCUGAUUCUACUGUGCUACGUCUGGAAGGACAAACAAGUCUACGAUCAUAUUGUUGAUUUUUUGGAUAAAACAAUUCAAAUUUCGAAAAUCGCCGAACGCCCAUUCCUUGGAAUCUACCAAUUGUCAGAAAAGGAACAUGAAGUGUUGGCGAAUGAAAGAACGUACAAAUGGUUCCUACGCGGAUAUCUUCUCUCCGAACUUGGCGUCUUCUUUUUCAUCUUUCUGGCCGGAUUCCUAUACUUCUGCUUUGAUGUGUUGGCAGGAAAAGCGAGAGUUGUGUUUUGGAUAAUCGUUGCAUCUGGAGUGAUCUACGCCGUCGUCCCCAUCCACAUCUUCACAUUCGUCCUUAUGCCAUACUCCAAUAUGCUUCCAAACGCAACCGAAAAAAUUCUGAAUCACGCGAUUCCGCAUAACGUUGGCGGGAUUCAGCAAAUGGAAAUGGGACUUGGGUGCACUUUUGAUCUGAAUCUAUACGCCGCCAAUAGAAGAAAAUUGAACCCUAAUAACACCUGUGACCCACAAAUCGAGUCCUCCUUCAUCCCAAUCUACAUGCUCAUCGCAAUCCUUGUAAUUCGCCUCACUCCAAUUGCUCUUGGGGUCCUGCUCGCCGCCAAGAAGACUCCACUUUCAGAAGGCAUUGCUCAGCUCAUCGAAAAAGUCCGAAGAAACGAGAAACGAAGGUUAUACGUUAAGAAGCAGCAACGAACCACAACCACUUUUGAUGGAGACCAUGUGAGCAAGAGUACCACUUUUGGUGUUGAUGGAACGCCACCGAGAAUUACGUCGACACCACUUCCGCCUGUUCCAUCACCAGCUCAAAUUGAUCAUAGCAUUAGCUAUAACAACGCUGCCUACUUCGCGACAUCUGGAGCUUUCAGCUCCAGAUCCAGCGAAAUUUCCAGAAUCGACGCUAAUGAAUUGUUCAAAAACCCCAUCAACCGUGCUCCAUCGGGCAGUCUUCAGUCGGAAGUUUAA